AUGGCACCCCGCCAGUCUCUCAAAAUCGCCGUCAUCCCUGGCGAUGGCAUCGGAAAAGAGAUCAAGCUAGAGUUUGAACAUUUCGACUUUGCGAGCUGUGACUAUUACAAGGAACAUGGCGCAAUGCUGCCCCCCGACUGGAAGGAGAAGCUUCUUCCGUUUGACGCCAUCUACUUUGGAGCCGUGGGUAUGCCAGAUCUCGUUCCGGACGAUGUAUCCCUAUGGGGUAGCUUGAUUAAGUUUCGCCGCGAAUUUGAUCAGUAUAUCAACCUCCGCCCUUGUCGCCUAAUGCCUGGUGUCCCGAGUCCAUUGGCUGGCCGCAAGCCGGGCGAUAUUGACUUUUGGAUUGUGCGGGAGAACACCGAGGGAGAGUACAGCAGCAUUGGAGGGAAAAUGUAUGAGGGGACGGACCGUGAGAUUGUGAUUCAAGAAACGAUCAUGUCAAGGACGGGAGUGGAUCGCGUACUCAAAUAUGCCUUUGAUCUUGCGCUGAGCCGACCGCGCAAGCUGUUGACCAGCGCAACGAAGAGUAAUGGUAUUAGCAUCACCAUGCCUUACUGGGACUCCAGGGUUCAGGAGAUGUCUACCAAAUAUCCAGACGUCACCGUCGAAAAAUACCACAUCGACAUCCUGACAGCUCAUUUUGUCCAACGGCCCAAGAAAUUCGACGUCGUAGUCGGCAGCAACCUGUUUGGCGAUAUUCUGUCAGAUCUCGGCCCUGCAUGCACUGGCACCAUUGGCAUCGCUCCGUCAGCUAACAUCAACCCCGAUGGCAAGUUCCCAAGCCUCUUCGAACCAGUACAUGGAAGCGCUCCGGACAUUGCUGGAAAGGGCAUUGCGAACCCAGUGGGCAUGAUUUGGGCUGGUCAGAUGUUACUGCACCACUUUGAGCAUCGCGAGGCGGCAGACGCAUUGCUUAAAGCAAUCGAGGCCGUCAUGGCUCGCGCUGAUGCAGAGGUUGUUACGCCUGAUAUGGGUGGCAAGGGGACAACAAAAAAGUUUGGAGACGCCAUUAAGGAUGAGAUUUGGCAGACAGCGAUAAAGAACGGCAAGUGGAAACCUUGA